AUGUUAUUCGUGGCACAAAAUACAUCUGUACCAGUCCCAAAGGUGUACUGCAGCUUCAAGCACAAGGACCGUGUGUAUAUACUCAUGGAGAGAAUCGCAGGCCAAGACCUGUCACAAGGAUGGACGCAAAGGUCAGAAGAGUCCAAAGCACGGAUUCUUGCGCAACUGAAGACUAUGACGGCGGAAUUACGCAGUAUUACCACCCCAGAUGGUAUAGGCAUUGCCAACGUAGAUGGAGGCCCCAUCUUCGAUCAACGUCUUCCUGACAAAUCCUUCUGGGGCCCUUUUGCAACAAUCCAAGACUUCCACCGAGAUCGUGGACUUGAACUCAGAGAUGAUGAAGAAGCCUUUCCAGGUCUACGGGAGCUUAUCGAAUUUCAUAAUGGGUCAUGGCAGAGACCAGUUUUCACCCAUGGUGACCUUAGCAGCCUUGAUAUCAUGGCGGUGAACGAUGAGGUUACUGGCAUUGUCGACUGGGAGUCAGCAGGGUGGAUGCCGCCGUACUGGGAGUAUACGUCUGCUUGGCAUGUUAAUCCACGAAAUGCGUUUUGGCGGGACGCCGUUGAUGGCUUUCUUACGCCUUUACCACAUGAACUGGAAAUGGAAAAGAUACGUCGGCAAUACUUUGGCGAGUUCUAG